AGACUACUCUCGAUCAGUCCUGCAUGGAAUCAAACUGCCUCUCUGCCCGUUUAAUAGUUAGUACCAAAAUAUAAGCGAUCGAGGAAGCACCUGCCUUCUUCAAUCAAGCAAGCAAGAAAGAGCGCGAUGCUGUCAGCGGGCGGAAUAGAAAUUCUGAAAAUGAAGGUUGCUUUCAUUGUGUGGUCUUUGAUCUUCUCGAUCGGGUGCCUCGUCGCGGGAAGCGGACUAGCCAAGCGAGGCGACUCUACGGCUUGCAUCCCCUUUCUUCAGUGGUCCUUCAUCUCCAUUGGUCUCCUCUUCUUGAUCGGCUUCAUCCUAUUCGUAGCCGUAGGGUUCUGCGGCGGCGAGGCCUUGUUCAAAAAAGCAUUAAUCUGCCACUUGUGCUUGAAGUGCUCGGGCCUCCUCGUCUUCCUCUGCUUAAUCAUCUUCGCUUUGGUGUCCAUCAAAAUUAAGUUCACGGGCAUCCCGGUGACUAAACAGCAACUCGAGUUCAAGGACAUUGGCAACAUCGGCGACGUCGAUCCCGUUGAGGUCUUCCGGAUCCACGAGUUCAACCUCAGUGACUACGGCGGUUCGCUCAGGCAUCGCGUGGCUGAUGCUCGGUACUGGGCCAAAAUCAGCAAGUGCCUGCGCCACAGGCACGCCUGCGAUGGUAUGAGCCCGAUGGUACGCGCCCCAAACACAAGCCUUCUCUUGUCCGAGCAGGACAUGUCGCCGAUCCAGUCUGGAUGCUGCAAGCCACCAUUAUCGUGUGCAUUCAUGUACGUGAAUCAGACGAUGUGGACACCAACACAUGGCGCUCCAACCAACAACACCGACGACUGCGGCAGGUGGAGCAACGACCAGCAAACGCUAUGUUUCCAGUGCGACUCGUGCAAGGCAGCCGUCCUCGCCGAUAUCCAGAGGGCCUGGAGCAAGCCUGUCGUCGUUAUGCUUUCCAUUGUGAUCCUGCAAAUCGUAGUGUUCCCAGUUUUUGUGGUUUUCCUUUGCUCCGACGAGUUUGAAGUUUCCGGCUGAGCCGCCGAUGUUCAGCUAAAGUCUCGGGCUUUAGCUUUCACCACCUGUGUUUGUAUCUCUAGCUGGUAUGCCUAGUAAUAAAGUAAAAAUGGGCUUCUUCUCGUUUCUUUUUU